CUGAGGAGGCCAGCCUGUCUUUCUGCUAAUAGCAACAACAACAACAAAAAUAGCAGACGACAGACGUGGCUGUCACUUUUCUUUCAAGAAAUGGGCAACGUGUAAACCUUUCAGGUUUCCUGACAGGAACAGUCUUUCACAACAUCAGGUGUAAUGAAUAGUGUCGUUACCGAAGUUGUGGUCCGACUGGUCCUAAGUUUCAUAGCUCUAUAUUUAGACAAAGUUCGCCCCUUCGCAAGAAAAAUCCAGCCAGAUGAAUUGUGGUUAUACAAAAAUCCCCGCACCGAUAGCUAUGUUACAACUACAACCCUUUGGAUAUUUUCUUUGGUCGUGCCUGUUGCUGUAAUAUUAAGUUGGAGCUUUGUUAAGCGAAUGCGCUCUGAUGCCCUGCAAGCAUUUCUAGCUUGUUCCUUAGGAUGUAUAUUGAACGCUCUUUUGACAAACAUUAUCAAAGUGGUAGUUGGGAGGCCAAGACCAGAUUUCUUCUGGCGUUGUUAUCCAAAUGGAAUAAUCACCACUGAUCUCUCUUGUACUGGAGAUAAUGCUAUCAUUGAAGAAGGAAGAAAAAGCUUUCCAAGUGGACAUUCAUCCUGGGCAUUUGCUGGUUUGGGCUUCCUGGCAAUGUACACUGCUGGUAAACUUCACACAUUUUCUCGCUCAGGGAAGGCCCAAGCUUGGAGGCUUAUUGCUCCGCUCACUCCCCUUGUUUCGGCUCUUGUAAUAGCCCUCAGCCGCACCUGUGACUAUCACCAUCACUGGCAGGAUGUUCUCUGUGGAUCUUUAUUGGGAUUGUCCUGUGCAUACAUUAGUUACCAUCAUUACUACCCAAAGCUCUCCUCUCCUUUAUCGGACAAACCAUAUGUAGAUAUUGUCACUCAAGAUGGCAGCAGCUCUUUAGGCAUUAAGGCAGUCUAAUUCUAGGGUUGUCAGGUCCAUACUGGUUGUUUCAAAUCCUAAAUGAUAAGGUACUUUUUAAAUUUAUUGACUUGUUAAAUUCUAGUGCAUUUCAAAAAAAAGAUGAUGAGUUUGAUUGAAGGAUUUAGAAUGUUUGAAAACCAGUCAACUAUGUGGUAAGGCCAGAGUACUUAAGGAAUGCUUCAGCUUCCUUCAAUAGUGUUGUUCAUUCCUUUAAGCAGAUCAGAUGACAUGUACACACUGCACGUAUCUUGACUUGUCUUUGUGAGUACGUCAUCAUUAAGUUUCAUUGACAUUUAUUAUUUAUGUUCCUAUUGCCAAAGUUAAAUUCCACUCCGUGAUAUUUUUUUUUCCAUUGGAAGUCAUAUUUUAAUCCGAUUAAUUGUUGUAGAGCUAUGUUUAUAGUCAUAUCAAUGUUUCUCAUUCUUUAGUUGGCUGUGAAGAUUUUCUACAAAUGCAUUUAAAUUAAUGAAUUUUUUUGUCAUGUUUCCUCAGAAAAUUCAAUUUUUCAUUCCAUGUGUUUGAUGCAGUAUGAGGGUUUGAAAGUUAUAAAUAACACUGUAUAGUUUUAAACAGUUUUAUUUUAACUAAGAUUUUCAGUGUGUCAGAUCAUUUUUAAUACUUGCUAAACAAAUGUGAUUGAUCAAUUAAAAACAAAUGUGAAAAUA